GCAGGUUCAACUCCACGACCAUCCACGACGUUCGACAGAACGGUGGUCUCAUCGUCGUCGUCGGCGGCGGCGAGCAGUGGCGCGUUUCAUGCGACCGCACGGGCCGCAGCUUCUCGACGUCGUCGCGUCAACGUCGCUUCCCCGCGACGCUGACACCGCGUUCAUCUCCGAGUUUGCAUACGCGUUGUAAUAUAACCUCGGGCGUGAUGGCACUGUCGUAGAGGGUGUCGUUACGAUGCCAGUGCGACGAUCGAGUCCUCGGUCCUCGAGUCACCCGGGGACAACCUCGCGCGAGACCGUCCGCUCGCGCGCGAAUAUCCGUCGCUCUUAUCUUAUCCUGUAUUUAUAAAAAAAAAAAAUGGCAGACGUCAGGUUACUCAUCCAAGAGGAGGGUCGCGCGGCCAGGAACUUGGUAGCCUUCAACGUGCCCGUUGGCACGAAUAACGUAGAGAAAAUUACGAAGAAACCGCCCAGCGUGCCGAGGCAAACGCAGUCGGGCUCGACGAAGCGAUCCAUGAAACCAACCACGAGAAUAAGAUCUGCUUCUACAGGUCGUGAUAAGAAAUCUGAAUUACAGGCACGCUACUGGGCGUUUCUAUUUGGAAAUUUACAAAGAGCGGUCGACGGUAUCUACCAAACGUGCGAGGAGGACGAAAAUAUCUCCGAGUGCAAGGAAGUUAUUUUGGUGCUCGAGAACUACACCCGGGACUUUCAUAAUUUAAUAGAAUGGUUCAAAGUUAAGUGGGCCUAUGAAAAUUCGUCGCCGCCGCUACGACGGACUCCGCUGGCCUGGGAAGUCCGGAAAACGUCUCCUUGUCGGAUAUGGAAUUCGACCGUGAUACCGAAGUCCACUAGUCCCCUGCAGAGAGCGAGUCCGACGGAGUCGGUGUGCAGGAGUCCGAUCGAUCAGAUCAUAUGCGAGGACAAGCCGAUCGUGACGGACAAUAAAGUUAAUCACGCUAAAGAGGAGUUCGUCCAUAAGUUGUUGAAGGAUAAUAAGAACAACGUUUGCAAGAAUUGCUCUUCCGAUAUCAAGGAGAAACGUAGGAACGGUGGUGCAGACAGGGCGGGAAAUCAAACGGCGAGUAAGGAGAAAUCCACAUCGACGAAAGCAUCGAACAAGGUUCCCGUGAAGCAAACGGUGCAAUCGAAAACGAACAGCUUUGUGGAUCGCAGGUCGUUAAACGACGGGGUGACGUACGAUUCGAAGAGCAAGAUGGACGUUAGAAAUAUGUCUAAGCAAACGAAGGACUGUUCGCACAGCAACGCUGCGAAGCUAGUUGAUUCUAAUUUAUCCGGGGAGAAACGAGAAGCGUGUAGAGGUGAUCAAGACGUUCAGUCGAUCUCGUGCGCUAAUUGUGAACUUGUGCAAAAGGAGUUUAACGGCGUGAACGUUAGAGACGGGAGGACAGACGGGAGAAGUGUGGACAGCAAAUUAUCGUGUAAUAACGAACUGGGAAAGAAUGAAAUCAAUGCCAAAGUUAAAAAAGAUAGUAAUAGAAAGUGCGAAAGCAAUUGCGUCAAUGCUGAAAAGUUAGAUACGAAGACGGCCGUUGUUCAGAGUACUUCAGAAAAGGUGAAUCAGGUUAAUUGCCAAACGAAUGAACACCCUCACGAAAUUGGCGAUGAAUCGAAUACUAAAGAUAUUCAGGAUACGUCAUCUAAUAACACGAGCCCCAUGGUGAUUAGCACAAACCGACCUGCCUACUCAACCGUGUCGCAAACAAAAAGAUCCAAAGUACAGUCGUCAACUUCAUCCGAAACUCCAAGGUUUAUUAGAAGUAAAACUUGUUUAAGUGAUAAGAACUUACCUGCCUCAAGUAAAAGAAGGCCCGGAACGUCGGUUAUUGUGAGAGGACGGUUUCAAACUCCUGAAAAUAAGUUAUCAGAACAAAACACUUUGAAAAAAGAUCAAAACAGGGACAUGAAUGGAUCAGUAGAAGUUUUAACCAAGCAAACAGUAUCUCCAAAGAUAAAAGACGAAAGUGAUGGUUGGCAAACAGUAAGGAAUCGCUGUAGAAGAGGGAGCACUCAUAACUUGAAUAUGUCUACACGCUUUCAUAAACCGAGUACUGCUCUAUCCUUGCCAGCUUUGUCAAUAGAAAGUCCGUCGGAGAAGCUGAAGAAGACUAGUUAUACUCCUGACGGAAACAAGCAAAAGAAAAAAUGUAUUGUAGGAAAAACUGGGAAAAAUAUGAAUAACGAGGUUGAGAAAGUUAAAGGGGAAUACAUAACGUCCACGAUUAAAAGUAAUUUCGAGGACACGCUUAAAAAGAACACGUUAAAUUUGUGCGACACUAAUUCGACGUCAGUGAUCGCAGCUAUCUUUAAGAACGACGCGGAAUUACUUGAGAAACGUAUACAACAGUUUAUGACCGCUCAGGCAGAGAGAGAAAGAAUUAUCUUGGAGGAAGAGAGGAAGACGGAAGAGGCAGAUUCUCAAAGAUCUCAGCAGCUGUCGGAUGAGGAGGCGUCUCUAAAACGACAAAUUUUGGAGUUGGAGUCCACUGAAAUUGAUGUUGACACCGAAACAGACGAAACGGAUGGCGAAAUGGUCCUCGAAAUGGAGGACGAGCCUGCAGUACCGCUCAGUGCCGUCACUGACGAUAUUAGUUUAGAAGAUAGGUACGAAAAUAUGUUGGAAGGCAUGUCUUGGGCGGAACGUGUCGAUACUCUGGCACAAUUGCGUGCACUCGUAGCUCGCCAUCCCGGCCGUGCCUUGGAGCUUCAUCAGAAACUUUCGUCCCCGUCGCGAAAAAGAUCGCUCCCCGAAACACUGAGAAGAUAUCAAGCGAAGCAAGCCUGCGCGCAGCACAAACGUCAAAAGCUGCUUAUGGAGAAAUCGCAACGGUUGCGAGAACUAUUGAACAAGGUGGAAGACGUCAAGAGUGCGAAGAAUCAAUUAAUAGAGGACAAGAGGAUCAGAAUGGAAAUGAAACUUAAAAGAGCGGAGGAAAACAGGACGCAACAUUUGUUAGAGAUAGUGAGGAAGGCACAUGAUGAAGACUCGAAGUUGAAGGAAAUAGCUUUCAUCAAUGAACUGGAGGCACAAAAUAAGAGGCACGAUUUUAUGGCGUUAUGUCAAGAACAAGAAGGGAGAUUACAGGGUAUUCAAGAAGAACGUCAACGUCGACAAGAGGAGAAAGCUGCCAAAGAAGCUGCAGCUGAAGAACGCCGAAGGGCCUUGGAGGCGGAGCGGCAGUUACGAAUACAAAAAAUGAAACAGGCACGACGAGAGCGCGAGGAAAGGGUUGGCAAAAUGCAGCUCGAGAGAGAAAAAGAACGACAAGAACUGGCGAGGGAAAAGGCGCGAGAUCGCGAAGAACGUUUGUCGGCACUUCAUGCCGCGCAACUGGCUAAUCAGGAGGAGCUGCAGAAGAAAAUAGCGCAAAAGCAGCAGGAAUCGGCUAGGCGGCAUGUGGAGAACAUCGAGCACAUUCGGCAGCGCGCGGUCGAGUCGUCGAUUUUAAGAUCGGAGGAAGUGCCGCCCACUCUCAAGUCGUAUCCCGCUCAGAAACAGUGUUCUCUAUGUGGCACGAUCAUAUCCAACGAAGUGCAUCUUCUAAGCCACUUGAAAGGGAAGACGCAUCUUGAGGCAGUGCGAAGCGCGCACGAUAAUCGCGAGCCCUCGCGGGACGAACUUCAGCGUUUCAAUAUUGCACAGAUACGGGACGUCCCCGUCAACGUGGUUAAUAAUAAUAACGCCAAUAGCAGCAAGGCUGCGAAAGAGAAGCAAAAAGCGCUGAAACGCCGAUGCAGGAAGAUAAAGCAGCGCAUGAGCUCGCGCGGGCAGGAAUGGGAGGACAAGCACAAAAAUGAGACUAAUCAAAAUUUGUCCGUCGAGUCGGCGAAUAAAGCCAAAUUCCGGCGCAAUUUGAAAGAAUUAGACAGAUUAUAUAGUAAUCAUUCCAAAUCAGCGUGGACAAACAUAGCAUUGGCCACCUUGGAACGCUGCUUAGGGGAGAUUGCUCGAGCAUUCUCCAAAUCGUGUCCACUUGAUCAGGAUACUUUUAGGUAUUCGAACGGAUUUGACACUUUAACGAACUUAUUGAAUUUAGGCUUAAAUACGCAAAAUGCAUCUCACAUUUUACCGAAUAAAGCAAUUACAUCGCUGUGCCGAGUUUACAAGGCAGCGAUCAGCGGAAACACCGAGAGCACAGAAGCUAUUUUGUUAAGCAACAAAAUUCUUGUUAUUCUGGAUCUACUUCUGCAACGAUUAGAGACUCUGACUAGUCUCGACGACCACGCUCAGACGCAGGAUGUAUCCGCCAAUUCAACUGGAAACGGUACAGUAGCCGCCAGCGCGACGCAAUUGCUGUGCAGCCUGAUCCCUGAAGAGCCCUUUGAGAAAACGGUCUUGCAGACUCGCGUUCAAGAUAUUGCCGGAUAUCUGGUAGCCAGCAGCUUAGUGGAUCGCGUGUCACGCCACAGUCGGGCCCUGAUCGAGACGGAUUUUUUUCUGGAUCAGGAGCAUGAGUCGUCGUUGCUGGUAUCGUCUUACAAUCUUCUCGCGCGUAUCUGCAGUCAUCUGAGGAGGUCCGUCGAUCAAGAGCCUGUCAGCGUGCACGGCGAGGGCGGUGGAGGCGGCGGCGGUGUCGAGCAGACGAGCAACGAAUCGCACUUGUUGUCGACUUUGUCGACGACCGAGGCGUCGGGUGCGAUCGGCGCUCUUUACGCGGCGGUCGCGUACGCGCCGCAGAAUCAGAAGAGCGCUUCGCCCACCCCCAGCCAGACGUUCACGAUCGCCGUGCGGACCCUGGCCAGCCACGGCCUCAGGCUCCUCAAAUCGAUCGCGGAACUCGAUCUCCGGACGCUACAGAGCUUCCUGGGCGCCGAGGGCACGAGUCUGCAAUGGCGGCUGACAGCGAGCCACCUAAUAACCCGACUGUCCCGCGACUCUUUGUCGGACAAACCGGAGGUGGGAUCUGUGCCGAAUGCAAGCGGUAUUCACAUCCUCUCGGAAUUGUUCGCGGUGCUCGGGUACUUCGCCCUCAACAAUCCGGACAAUCAGCUGGUUCUCCAAUCGGCCGGCGCGGGUCCCAGCGUCCUCCAGCAGCUGUGCACCCUGCCGUUCCCGUUUUACGGAGAUCCCAGAUUGAUACCGUACACGUUGCCAGCACUUUUGGCCGCUACCCACAGCAAUUCGGAGGCAAUGGCGAUAUUGUCUUGCGAAAUGUCGUACGAGUUGCUGGAGCAGUACAGGAAUUCGGACGAAGGUAAAUUAAAUCCUUUGGUGCGUUUGCUAAAGGAUAACGCCUAGUCGCUGACCACUAAGCAUACUUUCGUAUGUUUCGCUAAAGGUUUGAUUAGUUUAAUUCUGUUUCUUAAAGCCUAUCAGGCAUUAAAGUUUGCGCGUAAUCAUUGAUGGAAUCAUCGAUGGGAUCGUUAUAAGCAAAUAACCGCUUAUCCGAGGCGAGACAAGAGAAAGAAAUAAAGACGAGAGAUUGCAUCGAGAGGAUGCAAUUCGUAUAGCCGUCCGUAUCUGAUGAUCGCACGAUCAGAAGGAGAUUGAAUCUCGAUAACGGUAAUUCCUUUCUAAGUGAAUGUACGCGCACGUCUCUCCCUCUGAGAAUGAAAGUCAAUUUGAGAGUUAAAUUUACUCAGAAGUAACGCGAACAAGGCGAACGUACGUGUACUUUAAUUUAAGACCGGUGCUUCCCGAACCAUUUCAGUCGCCUAUUCACGUCUUUGCGACAUACAGACGCGGAAUACACGCGUGCAUAUUCCGCUUCAGCCUCGCGAUUUGCAUCGUUUCGCUUCUAUCCUUAGAGUCACUGGAUCUUUCAACUGUAAAUACUUUUUCUUUUUUUUAUAUCAAUAUAUCGGAUUUGAUUUAAUUCUGCUGUACAAAGUCACGCGUAUUAUAGAAUUGUUUGAGACGCAUUUCGGGAAGUACGAGUAUUUCAAGGUAGCAAUACUUGUCGAGAUAUCGGAAUAACAAGGAGAUUACACGCGCGCGCGCGCGUUCGUCAAAUCGCGAAGGAGAUUACGAAGUUAUACGUAUUUUACAUUUUCGAAUAAUCGCUCAGCUGAGGAAACCAUUGUUUUGUUGAAAACGUAAUCGUAUACGCGGAACAGUUUAUUCCCGCGCAUUAGUACAGCGACUUACGGUCGGAAUUACCUGUCGGCGCGCCUGAACGAAUGACGACAGGGAAACAUCACGCCGCGACGGUCGCUCUCUCCCCAGUACUUUAGGGCUUGACUAAGUAGGUAGUCGAUCGAAGUUAUCGCAAUGCACUCUCGUGAGUUAUCGUCUCGAAUAAUAUAUUUUUACGUACGUUCGGUAAACUCUUAGAAAACGCGCAGAGCUCGACAAAGUUUCCUUAAGUUUCCACCCCCCCCCUCCCUCCCCGAUUUAUGAGGGGAAAGCGAUGCGCGCCGGGCACUAUCGUAUCCUAAAUUCUAUAGGAUUGUGUCGUAUAGAUAAAUGUUGACUUCCGUCGAAUUUUAAGGAAGGUGUGUAACGUGUUGGAGGGGGACGUAAUGAAGGAUACGCGACGGCGGCGAGGAGAUCGAGUGAAACGCGCCGAGAAUACAUCCGUGAAUCUAGUCCUUGUAACAUUAUAGUGCAGAUCUUUACAUUUGCAAUCGUCUAUGUAUCUCGUGCUGUAUAUUUUUUACUACCGUCCGUUUCCACGCGUGUGCCAAUCCGCCGUGCAAAGAAUGCAGUGUCUUCAAAUGGGCCUUUUGAUCAUAUAGUAAUCGUCGCGUGGCACGGCCCGAUAGAAAUAAAUAUAUGUAUAGGAAGAUAUUCGUGCGUAUGUUAGCCACGUAAACUGUACACCCGGGUACUAAACCGCCCGUUUUUUUUUUUUGUGGCAAGUUCGAAUUUAUGUUGCGCUCGUUGUCGCGCAUUCGUUACGAGAAUAACAAUUUUCAAGCGUUUCACAAAUAAAAAGAGUCGAAUUUAGGAGACAUUUUAUAGCCGAGCGAGAUUAUUCAAAGAAUAAUAUUUAUCGUUCGAAACGACACGUAGAAGGAUAGUCGAUUGUAUUUAUUUGUUUAGUAUUUGUUUAGGUACGUGGUACGAGUUUCGUGGCUGCAACAGAUGCAUUCGUGCAAUGUCCUGCCAAUGCAAUUUAUAUUUAAGUACUAUACUAAUGUACGGAGUAUCCCGAAAAAUGCAAUAGUAUGGCAGUAUUUUCCAUCGAACUUAUAUUUCAAUUUUAUUGGACGUUUUUUUUUUUGCAAAGUUUUGAUCGUGGAUAUAAUUUAUAAUCUUC